CUUCCUUUCUCCCUUUCCUGACUACUUUGGACCUCUACUUUCCUUGUCCUUUUGCUUGCCGCUUACACUUGCUUUCGUAAAUGUCGUCCUUAUCGCUCUCUUACCGACUUCUGACCGAUAUAUCAAUACCCUGUUUUCCUCGUACUGGGGACCCAACCAUCCUUCUAUGAAAAGCAACCUCAAGAACGACGAAUCCGCACCUGUCUCCCCCAGUCUGCGAUCGUCCACUACCAGCACCAAUACCGAGACGCCUACCAGUGCCCGUACCGGCACCAACACCAGCACCAGCAUUUCUGACAUGGCUGCUCCGUCCCCCGCCUUCGACCCACCCAUCACAUUCUCGACGGUCAUCGACACCGACCAUCACACGAUCAACCGUUUUGCCGGCCGUCUCAAACGAGCCAAAACAUCCGCGGACCGUGCCCUUCUGUUGGCGGAGGUCUUAUGGCGCCUGGUCCGGCACGAUGUAUCUGAAGACAUCGUAAUGCGUCCGGCCUUCGUCGUCCAUCUCGGUGAGGAGGGCGAGCGUAUGGCCGAGCACGACCGAACGGACCAUGACCGUGCAAAGUCUGAGCUGCUCGCUCUUUUCGAAGCGGGGCCAGACGCACCUGACUUCAUGCAAGUGGUAGACAGGCUCUUCGCAGAACUGCUCGAGCAUAUGCGUACGGAGAGUGGGGAGCAGAUUCCAGCAUUGGAGCGCAUGCUCGAUCCGCUGGAGAGCCAGCGGCUUGGUCGAGAGUAUAUGAAAACGCAGGUCCUUACGCCAGAUUUGGUGUUGGAGGAUGGGCGCGGACAAAGGAGGAGAGUGUGGAGGGAUGUCGAGGAUUACGCCAGGACGGAUCUGGCGAGGUUCAGGGACAUUUAUGAGUGGGCGACGAAGGAGCUGUACCCGAUGACUACGACAGGGCAUGGGAGGGGAAAGCUAUGAUUGUGUCGACCCGAUCAGAGGAUUGAUUUCAGUCCACAGGCACUCACACUAUGGGAUGCUGGUCACGAAACAGCGAGGUCGCUAGGAUGAACUGGAUAUAUAUGAUCUUUGGCCGGCACAAGACACGAAGGAUUUCAUCGGAUAUCAUGGUCGUGGAUCAAGGUCACAAUCAUAAACAAAGCAGGCUAAGGAUACAUUUCCGCCGACCAAGCCGUCCUUCGCGUCCCGGCACAUCUGAACCCAAGACCGACAGGAAAUGUCCCUUCAUGCUGGUCUAAUUCUCCUCGAGAAUCACCAAUCAGGAAUCAAUCGAUUGCUCUUCGAACUGUCUUCAUCGAGCACCUUCCUCGCCGCCUCUCUCCCACAAACCGGCAACCUCUCGACCUCCUCUUCCCGCCCCUCCUCCGCCGUCUUGAAUGUCUUUGGUAUCAACUUUGGAUCAAUCAACCCCACCUGCACCAGCACCGACGCCUGGUCCCAGUGGAUAUGCUCGUGGAACAACUUCCCUCCCCUGCUACACACCACACUCACCAGCACCACCUCAACUUUCUUCCCCGUUGGCGGCACGCCAGGUAGGAUCCACGGCAUUUCUGUUGUGUGCGUGAACUUGACGAACAUCUCAUCGACGACUCUGUCUACCCCGACUGUCCGACUGAGCAACUUGAUUAAGAAGUCCGGCGGAUUGUUGGGUAUGAAGAAGUCCUCAUAGAACCGGCGCAGCUCGUCGUGCCCGAUACCGCCGGUCAUCGUGGGGACGUAGUUGACAUAUGGCUGUGGCACCAUGGUGGCCAUAGUCUUGUCGGCGUUCUUCUCGACGAAUUCGCGGCGCAUUUGGGCUUCCCAGAGCGCCUCGAGGUCGGGAGGUUGCAUGUCGAAAGACUCACGGAGCAAGCCUAGUGUGCGACUCCACGCGAGCGAGGCGGCGAUCUUGUCGAAUUCUUCGAGAUCGUACUCGGCGAAGCCUGGGCGUGUGUUGCUAUACCGGUAGGAUGGGUGACGGGUGCCGAAUUUUUGAGAGCUGGCAAGGUGGAUCAACACGCCGAGCGUUGGGGGGAAGUUGGUCGUCGUGCGCGGCAUGUAGGGUGGAUAGUAUGCCACCACGGCGACCAGCUUCGGCAUGGGCUUCAUGCAUGCUUCCAGGACGUGGGCUGCGGCGUCGCCGUAGGCUGGAUGUGAAAUGCUGUCAGAUGUCAAUUCGAACUUGGGGAGCCACACAAGGGGAGGACCAGUUACGGCCAUGUAGAUGGUAGGGUUGUAAUGGUGGCGUUGCAAUACUCUAGAC